AUGGGCUCAUUACCCGAAUCACUCAAUGUUGACGCUCUCGUCGUCGGUGCCGGCCUGGGUGGCAUCUACUCUACAUAUCGACUGUCCCGCGCCGGGCUCAAUGUCAUGUGCAUCGACAUCGCCGGUGAUGUUGGAGGCACAUGGUACUGGAACAGAUACCCAGGUGCCAUGAGCGAUACAGAAAGCUAUCUAUACAGGUUCUCGUGGGAUGCUGAGGACUUGCGAACCUAUCCGUGGACACACCAUUACGUUUACCAACCCGAGAUUCUUAAGUACCUGCAACAUGUCGUCAAUAAGCACGACCUCCGAAGGCACAUGCGAUUCAAGACUGAGAUGGAAUCCGCCCAUUGGGACGAUGCUGCCCAUACGUGGACUGUCAACUGUGCGGGAGGCACCAUCAUCAAGGCGCGUCAUCUCGUCAACUGUCUAGGCCUCCUGUCUAAGCCCAACUACCCUGAUAUUGACGGCAUAUCAUCGUUUGCUGGGGAAACUGUCCACACGGCUAAUUGGGACGACAAGCUCGACCUGACUGGGAAGACAGUUGGCAUCAUUGGGAAUGGGUCCACUGGGGUUCAAGUCAUGACUGCAAUCGCAUCCCAGGUUGGUCGUCUUACCUCAUUCCAACGACAUCCUCAAUAUUCUGUCCCCAGCGGACAAGGACCAGUUUCUUCCAGCUACAGAAAGAAGAUCAACAAGAACUAUGAUGAAAUUUGGAACAAUGUAUGGUCGUCAUCCACAGCCUUCGGCGUGCCCGAGUCAACGCGCAAGACUAUGGAGGCGACCCCGGAAGAACGUCAACAAGCAUUCCAAGAGGUCUGGGAUCGCGGCAACGGGUUUCGCUUCAUGUUCGGCGCCUUUGGUGAUAUCACAACUGAUCUCGCGGCUAAUGAGGAAGCCUGCAACUUCAUUCGAGGAAAGAUUGACGAGAUCGUCAAGGACCCCCAGAAGGCCAAAGCUCUGAAGCCUACCGACUUGUAUGCUCGGCGACCUUUAUGCGACUCGGGAUAUUACCAAAUCUUCAAUCGUGACAAUGUUGACAUUGUUGACUUGAGGGAGACACCCAUCGACAAGAUUGUACCCGAGGGAAUCAAGACGAAGGAUGGCACCGUCCACAAGCUUGACGUCUUGAUCUUCGCCACGGGAUUUGACGCAAUCGAGGGUAAUUACCUACGCAUCAAUAUCGUUGGGCGUGAAGAGUCGAUCCGCAAGCAUUGGAGAAAUGGCCCAACUGCAUACGGCGCCGUUGCAUGCUCUGGCUUCCCCAACAUGUAUGCAGUGUCAGGGCCUCAGGGCGCCUUUGCCAACUUCCCCGUCGUUAUAGAGAGCGAGGUCGACUUCAUUACAGGAUGUAUUCUUGAGGCAGAGAAGUCCAACAGGCUAAUGGAGGUUGAAACCAAGGCUGAACAGCAAUGGAACCAGUUGUGUGAUGAACUGGUCGAAGGGUCUCUAUUUAAGACUACUGCUAGUUGGAUCUUUGGGGCGAAUGUGGAUGGAAGAAAGACAAGCACCAAGUUUUACUUUGGCGGGCUUAAUCGGUAUAGAGAAUGGACAAAGAAGGAGGUUGAGGACGGAUUUCCCGGCUUUCGGAGAUAG